CUGUCGUGAGCCCGCUCUGCUUUGGGCUGUCGCGCUUCGCGUGCUGUGGUCGCUCGCGGUGCGGACAGACCGACCGUGGGGACACCCGGGGCAGCGUGGGCACUGCGGGCGGCAUUCCCGGCGCACAGGCCGCCUUCCCCAGCGGAACGGCGCAGCGAGCGUUUCCCUUGGGAAAACGUGCCUGGAUUUGAUAAGGAGCUCCGUAGCUCCCGCGAUGUGUUUAUGGGUGGUGUUUAUGCCAGCUGCGGUUAGAGAAACUCGGUGUGGACGUGGCCAGGAAGGGCGAUUUCGCCCAUAAGAACCAUAAGGAGUGGGAAGCGACCUUGAAGAUCAUCUCGCUCCAACCCCUUGCCGUGGGCAGGGACACCCCCACGAGGUCAGGUUGCCCAGAGCCCCGUCCAGCCUUGGCCUUGAGCACUGCCAGGGAUGGGGCAUCCACAACCUCCCUGUUCCGGUGCCUCACCACCCGCACAGCAAAGAAAUUUUCCCUAAUAUCUAAAACCUAGAUUUGCUCUUACACUCCAUGUACCCUGGCUGCAGUGUGCUGCUCUCUUGUUGGGCCUCUACAGGAAAAGGAGACUAGUUUUUUUAAGUUUCUGCUUUCGUGGUGCUGCCAGAAACACAAGUACUGCCCGUGAUAAUGUAAUGCAUCUGUCUGAUAGCUGUUCUGAUGGAGAAGAAAACAACCAAGGCCGUGUGAGGCAUGGCAUGCGUAGGUAAUAGGGAUGAUUUUCUUAGCAUCAUUGUUUCAAUUGGCACUGCAGCCUGUCUUAAUAAAGUGUAGGCCAGUCUCAUACCUUACAGCCACUAAAAGGAGUGCUUAUAAUUUAGCAGUAAUAUUUUUCUCUUAUAUUAGGGCUUGUUGGUGCAGGUCAUCUACAGGUAAAAUGAAGUCAGUGUUUUCAAACUGCUAUAGUUAAACGUGUGAAAUUCAUUUAGCAAAGGUCCUCAGCAGGAGUGUCAAUUCCAGUAUAAUUGUAAAAGUACAAAGCACCUGCAAGUUUUCAAAAGUAUUGAUUGGAUUAUUCAAAACAGAGGGGUUUGGGGGUUUUUUAGCUUAAUUUCAGACAUCACAACUGAUUUUUUUUUUAAAUACUUGAGGCAGAGCAUACACAAUAAUUUCUGUUAGGAAUGUCAUUGUGUAAUAAUGGGGGGGGAAGAAUAACUCGUCAUGACAAAGAGGUUUGCUGGAUUGGAAGACAUUUCAUUUCUGUGCCUUCUUUCUGAGCUUUCUGCUUGUCUUGUGCAUAUUCCACAUGAGGAAAAAAUGACCUUCAAAUAAGGCUAUCUGUAAGCCUCCCUCCUAUGAAUUCGUUCAGAAGUGAAGGUCUGGCAUCCCUUUAAAGCAACUUUUUCUUCUAUUACUAAUACUCAUGAUGAUACCUGAUCAUAAUUUUAAAGAGGAUUAAAAGGAUUCUUAGGUAGAUAUGUGUUCAAUCUUAUUUGAGAUCCCUCUGAUUAAUUUGAAAGUCCUUGUUAGUCAGGACUGACCCAAAUGUGUUGGUAAGGCAACUGGCAGAGCUGACAAAACUAACAUAUUGGUUUUAAUAAUCCAGGAUUAGGAGAUCUUAUUUCGUAUCCAAGUGUCAUUUCAGCUUCUUCUUUCAUCAGUUCUUUCCUCAGACAGGACUUAAAAGCAUUGGUGAAUGAUAAAUAAUGCAACAGUACCAGGAACUUGUUAAGUUCCACUAUUAAUUUGCUAUCUUUUUUUCCUAAAAUGAAAACAUUAGUGUGGGAUACAAUUUGUGAAGUUACUGGAAAAAAGUAAUAAACUUGCUAAGUGGCUAAACUUGUUAAACAGUUAAGCUUGACAAUCAUUUCCAGGCACGUGAACAAUAAGGAAAGCAUCAGGAGUAGUCAGUAUGGAUUCAUCGUGACAUCUUGACCAACCUGAUAAACUUGUGUGAUGAAAUGGUCCGGCAAAGCCAGGGGGAGAGCAGUCAUUAUUGUUUGCCUAGGCCUCAGUAAGGCUUUUGACUCCAGUAAUACCUUCUAGAGAAGCAGUUGAUGCAUGGGGUGGAUGUGCAGGCAGUGCAGUGAAUGGCUUGUCCCAGAGCAUGGUGAUACAUGGCACAAAGUCUAGUGAAGGGCCAGUAAUUAGAGGUGUGUCCUAGGAGUCAGUCCUGGGCCUGAGCCUUUCCAGCAUCUUGGUUAGUGACCUGUGCAAUGGGGCACAGUGUCCCACCAGCAAGGUGACACCUUGGAACUGAAUAACCAGUAACCAGGUAACACCAAGUAACUGAGGAACCAGAGGGUUGUGCUGCUGGGUGGAUGAACUGCAGAAAUGUGCUGAGAAAAACCUCAUGAAGUUGAAGAAGGGGAAGUGGAAAGUCCUGCACCUGGGGAGGAACAAUCACAGGCCCUGGUACAUGGUGGGAAACACCCAGCUGGAGAUGAGUUUUCAGAAAAGGCCCUGGGAGUUUCCUGGACACUGAAUUGGAUGUAAACCAGCACUGUGUCCUUGAAGCAAGGAAAACAGUGCCCUGGGCUGCAUUAGGACGAGUGUUGCCAGCAGACUGGGGAAGGUGAUCCUGCCCCUCCAUUCAGCACAAGUGAGGCUGCUGCUGGAGUACCAUGCCCAGCUCUGGGCUCCCCAGUGCAGGAGGAAGUUGAUGCUGCUGGAAAGAGUCCAAUGAAGGGCUACAAAGAUGAAAACGUGAAGGCAGUGUGAAAAGAAGACCAGAACCAGGCUCAAUCCAGUUGUGCCCAGCGACAGGUCUAGAGGCAGUGGGCACAAACUGAAACAUGGGAUGUUCUUUGUGAACAUCAGGAAGCCUUUUUCACUCUGAGGGUGAUGGGGCACUGGCAGAGGUUACCCAGAGAGCUGCUGCAGUCUCCAUCCUUGGACAUCUUCCAAAGCCAUCUGGACACAAUCCUGGGCAAUGGGCCCUGGGUGGCCCUGCUUGAUCAGAGAUGUUAAACCAGAUGACCUCCAUAGGUCCACCCUCAGCCACACUGUAUGGUACUGUGUGAAACAGGGCUCUUCAGCAUUUUCUUCAGAAUACUGUUGCACACAAAGGCUGCGUCAGUUACACUACAAAGAAGGGAACAAACUGUUCUGUAACUAGUGUGGAGGGAACAAAAAUGCUUGAACUUUAGCAAGGCAGCUUUGUGCUGGACCUUAGGAAACAUUUCCUAGCAGUACCUAAUUUAAUUGUCUAGAACAUUUUAGAAAAAAAUACAUCCUACAGGAAUAUUUUAGGUACAGCUGAUCCUGUCUGUGAUCAGUUGUUUCUUUGGGGCCUGCUUUCUGUGGUUGUGUCAGUUAUGCUUUCCCAUUGUAACAUUUGCUGAUAUUGACUAUAGAACAAAAGUAAUUUUUUUUCUCUCCAAUGCUCUAGAAUGAUGUUUUAAUUUUAAUUGUAAUACAUUUUCCCGUUUAAAAAAGUUAGUUUCUGAAACUGGGAUUGUUAGGUGGCGAAUCAACAUCCUGACUGAAGAUUCUGAACCGGGUCAGGAGUGAAUGAAACCACAAAUACCUGUAUUUAUUAAAGAGAAAAGCUGCUGACAAGCUCCUACCGUAAAAUCAUCCCUCAGCAUGUCGAAGGCAUGUACCAAAGCAUAUUUGAAAGUUUGCCACAGAGCAGACUGGAAAGGAUUCUGCAUAGCCUUAGGGGCAUAGAUAUGUUAGAAGAAACGUGAGGCAGCUGCUCAACUGGAAUAUAAACUCCUGCUUAGAGCCCUGAUUAGGGCAGUUUUAGUCUGAUUAGGGCAGUUGCUGUGAUUCAGUUGCUGCUGAAACACAAGAUAAAGUGGCAAAACCCAAGAUAAAAUGGCAAAACACAGGGAGAGUAUUGCUGAGCUUCUGUCCCUGUCUCCUGUUGCCAUUAACGGGCAGGUAUAAUUUUGAGCAUCAAUAUUCUGCACUCCGUUAGAGAACAGCAUGACUGUAGUCAGCAUAGAGGCUCUUUAGGACUAAAGAUGGACUAUGGACAUUACUGGGGGGGGAAUGAUCUCAUGUACCUGGACAGAAGCAGACUUAAAUCCUCUGUAUAACCUGUUACUUGUGACCAAGGCCAUCCACAGAGGUAUGUGGGCCAUGAUAAAUAAAAAUCUGUUACAAUGAAGGGCCCGUGUGCACCUUACUGUUGCAUAUACAGAGUUCAGGAGGUAGGUUGUGGUGGAUGAAAAUAUUUUCUGUGCUUUUUGUCAGAAGGGGAAGAUGCAAGUUUUCCCAUCUGUGUUGUACAUAGCAGUCUCUGACAUUUUCUGCAGAUUUUUCUGGUUAGUUCUAUUAGACAUUUGGAAAAAAAAAUAAGUUAUAUGUACUUUUACUUUGCUUCAGUUUUCAAACAUGUCCUUGUAAAAUACUAACGUCAGAUGCUUGAAUGUAUUUUUCUGAAUAGAACAGCAAGAUCAGAGUCAAGGAACCUUUUGUACUGUCUUCAUGAGUCAUAGUCAUAUAUACAGUUAAUAACUUGUGAAUAAUCUGAGCAUGAAUCACAUUCGUAGCAUAUAUUGAUGAACCAUUAUCUAUGUUUUUAUAUUUUCAAUGUUUCUUUAACAAGGCUUAAACAAGCAAGGCUUAAACAAUCAUACUCUUCAUCAGUUUUGAUCCUUAAUUUUGAACCUGUUGGCUGGUUUGGUCAAACUUAACAGAAAUGUUGAUAAAUUAUUGUAGAUUUCAUGAUAACAGGUUGGAUGGAUAGAGCAGAAGGACUCUGAUGGAGGAUGAUGUUACAGUUAAACUUAUACCUUACUAGGCAAAGAAUCUAUAUGGGAAAAAAAGCUUUGCAUAAAUGCUUCAGUGGUAAAUAUCCUUCAGCCUUUGGUGCAUAUGCCUUCUGAGGCAGUAAAGCCACAAACACAGAGUCAGUAGAAAAUCGGUCUUGCUUUGUUCUUAUUUCAGUGAGAUUACUUUCUAUGUGCUGAUUUGAUUUGCUGGUUUUGUGUGGUCUUUACCUAGUAUUCCACAACACUAGUAGCCCUCAAAGCACCCUCAGGCUACUUGUAUGUGUAAUAUUAACAGUAUUCGUCUCUGCAGGCUUGAUCUUCAGAAUUAGUUUGCCUCAAUUUAGAUACUUAAAUUUGAAUUUACUGCUUUACUUCAUUUGAAAGACUUUAUAAUAAGCAUUGAGUUAUUCGUGUGCUGAUUAACAUCCCCUCAGUAAAUGCAGAAGAUGGAUUAUUUUUGUCUUGUUUUUCAUUUCACACAAAAAUGUGAACCAGGUCCUGGAGAGACUAAAGAAUGACGCUAUGUUCUGAUGGUUUAGCUGUCUGAGAAUAAUCCAAUGUAAGUGUUGAAAAUAAUCUAGCUGAAUUGCUGAGGAUUUUCCUCUGAGAGAAGAUAAACUUGAAAAAUAGACCCAAUUAUGAUACAUGCUCCUGCCAGUACCCAUGCUGGUUCAAGAACAGCAUUUUAAAAGGUGUUCUUGAAUAAAUUCUUGAAUAAAUUAUUCCCAAGUCAUAGCUUUCAGGAUGAGUUUAGAAGUGCAGACUGUGUGCAAUUCAUUCAGAUCCUUGCAGAGCUUGGAGGCUAGUGUUGAUCUGUGUAAUUUCAUUGAGAUUUAAUUGUCUUACUCUGUUUCCAGGGAUCUUCUUGUGGAAGUAAUCAUCAGAACCUAGUCAAAAGACUACAGCUCAGAUCUGAAAAGUGACACUGAUGAGCCUGGGGGUGACACGCCAAUGUUGGGGGUGAAAUAAUAGCUCAGCUGAAGUGCAUCUGCACCAGCGCACACAGCAUGAGUAACAGACAGGAGGAGCUGGAAGCCACUGUCAGCAGGAAAGCUGUGACAUAGAUGUCAUCAUGGAAACAUGCCCUUGUUCUUGUGGGAGACUUUAACCUGCCAGACGUCUGCUGGAAACUCAGCACAGUGGACCAGAGGCAGUCGAGUGAGUUCACGGAGCGUGUGGAAGAUAACUUCCUGACACAGCUGAUACUCUGUCUUCUUACUCCUGUUACACCCAGUACUGAGUGCUAACUGCUGGCUUUGCUGCAUGUAGGACACAUUAGCACACACUUCCUAGUGCUGAAAGAAGAUUCAUGAUUUGAGCUUGCCUUGAUGUCACCUUGCUCCUCUGUUACCUAGAUCAUCUGAGGUUGUCUCACACAAAGAAAGCUGGAUUAGGCUGAUUAAUAAAUACAUGGGAUGUCAGUUUGCUGCUCUCUGGACUUUUUAAUAUUAUUUCAGGUUUUCGAGUUUUUCAGAAUUAAACCAAACAUUCCAGUGAAUUGAAGAUCUUCUUCCUGUCUUUCUUCAGAGUGAAUAUCAGUGGUGAAAGAAAAAACAUCUGUUAAGCCUGUUGUCAGACAUCAGAAAAAUGCUUUUCUUCACACAUAGAUUCAGAAAUGUGUGAGGUGGAAGAAUUUUAACAGAAGAAUAAAGUGUGAUGUUUCAUAAAGGCUAUUAAUUCAGUUUUGAAGCAGGACGUGAGCAAGAUGAGUAUGGGGAAAAAGGCACGGUCAGAGGAAAUGCACCUGGGAGGUGAAGAUUGGAAUCAAAGUAGCAGCUUUGUCAGUAAACCCUCUCGAGGAUGGCUGCACUCGAAUGAGAAGAUCCUGGGACCUGGUGUGACGUACAUUGUGAAGUACUUGGGGUGUAUAGAAGUCUUACGCUCAAUGAGAUCUCUUGACUUCAAUACUAGAACACAGGUUGCAAGGGAAGCAAUCAGUCGUGUUUGUGAAGCCGUGCCUGGUGCCAAAGGAGCCUUCAAGAAACGAAAGCCACCAAGCAAAGUCCUUUCUAGCAUCUUGGGAAAGAGCAACCUUCAGUUUGCAGGAACGAGCAUAAUGUUGAAUAUCUCCACCACCAGCUUAAAUCUAAUGAAUCCUGAUACGAAACAGAUCAUAGCAAACCACCACAUGCAAUCUAUUUCCUUUGCGUCUGGAGGUGACCCGGAUACAACUGACUAUAUUGCAUAUGUAGCUAAGGAUCCUGUUAAUCGGAGAGCUUGUCAUAUACUGGAAUGCUGUGAUGGCCUGGCCCAGGAUGUGAUCAGCACCAUAGGGCAAGCAUUCGAGCUUCGGUUUAAGCAAUAUUUGCGAUGUCCCUCUAAGAUACCUACUUUCCAGGAUAGGACGCAGAGUUUUGAGGACCCGUGGACGGAGGAAGAAAACGAGGCAACAGAGCAUCCCUAUUACAACAACAUCCCAAAUAAAAUACCUCCCCCUGGCGGCUUCCUUGAUGCCAGGCUCAAAACAAGACUUCCCACUGCUGCAGACACAGCUCAGUCUGCAACAGGAGUGGGAAGAGAGCAAAUUUAUUAUCAGAGCCAUCACUCAGGAGACAAAGUCAGUGAAGAAUGGCAUCAUGGGCCUGUUACACAAGGAUCUCUGGAUAUCUCUAGUAUGCCAGAAAAGAAAUCAGAAGUAAUACCGACAGCAGAGAUGCCAACAUAUGUAAACACCCAGCAUAUAAAUGUAGAAGCUCUACUGGCACUUCAGGCAGAUGCUGAAUGUACCUUCAGUGGAACAACAGAGGAGACCAAAGCAAGCAGCCCAGAAAAGGAUCUGUUUGACAUGAGACCAUUUGAAGAUGCCCUCAGGAAUCAAACCUCUGAGGCCAUGCUGAAGAAAUCCACCUCCACGGGAUGCACCAGUCCUGUUUCAUCCAGGGCAGCUGCCCGGACUGAAGCUGAAGAGCUGAGUGCAGAGCCGUGGUACCAAGGAGAGAUGAGCAGGAAAGAAGCAGAACAGCUGUUAAAGAAGUGUGGAGAUUUCCUCGUGAGGAAGAGUACCACGAAUCCUGGCUCCUAUGUGCUGACAGGCAUGCACAAUGGACAAGCCAAGCACCUUCUUUUGGUGGACCCAGAAGGAACUGUUCGUACAAAAGAUCGUGUCUUUGACAGCAUAAGUCAUCUCAUCAACUAUCAUCUUGAGAAUAAUUUGCCAAUAGUUUCUUCAGUGAGUGAACUCUGCCUGCAACAGCCUGCUGAAAGGAAACACUGACUCCAGAUCUCUUUUAGUUUUUGUAACUUGCAAGCUAUAACUGGUAGAAAUUGGAGAUCUUAAAAAAACCAAACAUGUACAUUAAAAAAAAUGUGUAGUCACAUAUACUUCACCAGUAUGUUUUCUUUGUGUUUAAGAAGCCCCAUUUCAUAUGGUACACUUGAAAAUUCUCAGUUCUUUGUGUAGACAUGAAAUCACAGCAGAAAGCUUUCUUAAAAGUAAUUUCAAUAAAAUUGUUCAGAUUCUCUAAUGUGACUGUUGAUAAUGUAUAUAUACAUACCAUAUAUAAAAAUACAGUAUAUAUUUAUAUUUUUUGAGUCAGUCUAUUGACAGUAUAGAACUAUCUUCUGUGCCAUGUGUUUUUACCAAAAGAAAAAUGACAAUUGUGAUUGUUCAGAUAAAAAGUAGAAUUCAGCAGUCUCAAUUUCUUGAGAAAUUUAAUAUUAGGAAUCUUAUUUCUGAUUUUACCUAAGAAGCACAACUAUGGGGAUUACAGGUGGAUUAUGCUAAUUAACCAUGGUAGGAGCCUGAAUUCAGCAUCUACUAUUCCAACUCAGAAAUUUAGCAUAAAAUAUUUUUGAAAGCAUUAUCCACUUAUGUCAUUGAUGUCAAAAGGAUUUUAUCUUUCUGAUGUCAAGUUUGAAUUCUUAUAUGGUGAUACUCGAAAUAUUUGUAUCUUACUUUAGCAAUGAUUUGGUGUGAUCUCUCUGUGUAUGAGGUGUGUGCUUUGAUUUUUCUGAUGAUAUUGUGACAGUAUAUUGUAAUUUAUUAAUUUCAGUGCUAAAAGGUUAUUUAUAAGUAGUUCUCUGCUUAUGGUGAAGAUCUAGGUGUCCUUGACUAACAGUCUUGAAUGAAAUGUUGCAUACUGAGUAGACAAGUUCAAAUAACUUGUGUGUAAUAGGCUUAAUCCAAGAUAUACAUGAUUGUUCAAAGACAUAUCUGAAAAACCUUUUCUUCUUAUGGAUGGUGAAAACUAUCCCAACUCAGUGGUCAGUUUUGCAAAUUUUGCCACUUGCACUUACCUACCAAAGCGUAACUUCACCUUGGCCUUCAGCAAGUGAUAGGUAUUGCAAAUACACUGUUUUUCUCUAAACAUCAUGUUCAAAAAAUACACAUAUACUAAAGACGCAUUUCUGGCAGAAAUGACCUCGACUUCUGGUACUGGGAAAUGCUUUAAGGGAUGACUGUACUAUUCACAUUUAGGCAUUAUAUGAAGUUAUUUUCCCAUUUUAGGAAUCUUAUUACGAGUCAAAUUCAAUAGACACAGUUCCUGUAAAGACAAAACUUGUGCCAGAGUCAAGAUUUAGCCUUCAGCAAUCCGAGGUCUUCUCUAGCACCAGUCUCUCAAAUCAAAUCUUCAGACUUGAUUCAUAAAGACUCGGCAGGGUAGAGUCGAGGUUAAGCAUCUGCCUACCCUGCAGUAGUCAACACUUAAAUCUACUUAAAGUUAGAUUUGGUUCUAAGAAUUUGCUAAGUUUAAAAGUUUGUCAAGACAUAACAAAACUGACUGAAUGAUUUGCUUAGAAUACAUUCAGGCAGGACCAUGAUGUUAAAAUUCUGAAAUAAUUUUCUUGUAUCAUCUCCUUUUAAAUGUGGUGAAUUUGCAGCUUGGGAAUUUGAUUUUUGUUAAUCUCAAAACUGAAAAUGAUUGAGGCACCUAAGACUAAUCAUGUAAUCUGUGGCAUAGAGAUACACUUGAUUCUAUAAUCGAGACAUCCAGAAGCCAAACUAAGACAGCAAACAAAAUGCUAGUGAUUAAUUUUACUAUGGAUAGUUUUUAUUUGAUAUUUCUUGGUCUGGAUGGAAGCUAAAAGCAAAGGAGAGAAAUUAAAUGCUGCAUUGUAACCCAAAUCAGUAGGGCAUUAAAUUUACAGGAACUCUUAAAAUCUGGUUUUACUACAUUGGAUAUCGUAAUAUGUGAACAGAUCUUUUAUCCCGAAGUAGUGUUCACCAAAACUACUUUAUUUGAGUUUCCAUGUCUCACCAUAUUCCAUUUUGGUGUAUCUCAGUUGCCACUUCUUUUUUUCUUAAAUAACACUUAUUAUUCCAUGUUCUAACCUUCCUGUAGCCACGUUGUGGAAAGUUUUCAGUGUGAGAUCACUAUCUGUAAGAGAAGGUGUCUUUUGUUCUUUUGAAUAUUUCAUAUAAUUUCAGUAAGAGUUUGGUGCAUAACCCCCUUGGUGUCUUCAAAAUGCCCACCUGCUGCCUGUGUCCUUUCUGGAUUCCUAAGUAUUCUGGAAAAACGCGACAAGAUUUGGGUGUAUGAAUUGAAGGCACUGAACAUACACUGAAAUAAACAUCUAAAUUUUUUUACCAUUGUCCUAGCUGUAGCUUUAAUAACUUAGCACCCACUUAGCUGGAUGCUUUGGAAAUUAAAGCAGGCAGCAAUGAGACACAAAAUGAACCAGCUUGACAGAAAUACUAAAUUUCCCAGACUACAUAUCACAGACUCUGCCUCCAGGGAAAUGUGGCUAUUUUAAGCUGCUCUGUCAGCACAGCCAACUUGCACAGCUCAGCAUGUGCACUGGUUAUGCAAAGGCUGCAUAUACCUUGAUGAGAUGCAGUUUGGUCCUGGAUAGCAAUAGUGCCAUUGGGCUGUGACAGUGCCCUGCUGAUGCAGUGGGCCAGCAGAUCCUGUCUGGCCAGGUGGGAAGGAUCCAGAGGCUUUUCUAAGUCAUUUGGGAACCAAAUGAUCUCACAGCUGUCCAGGAAGGAAGGGCACGUGUGCCAGUCAAUGCUCUGUUUGAGGAUCCUGCCAUGGCUUUCUGUCCAUCACUCUGGUGGAUUCUGCUUCCCCCUUCAUGAUAUAAAAACUGUAUGGCCAUUUGGAUGGCAGUUCCAAACCUGUUAUUAUUAGAGUCAAAGUCCAUCUUAAACUGAACUCAGCAAGUGGUUAUUGAACCUGCUAGAACAGCUGGGCUCAUUUCUGUGAGGAACCAACACUGACAGCAAUUUAAGAGAUGUGGAAAUUAUGAGAGAGGUUCAAACACUGUGUGAUUGGCUGAAAACCAAACAAACAACAGCAUAAUAAUGUGAGCCUUUUAAAGUUUGCCUUUGAUUUGGAGUCCCUCCACCUUUUGUUGUCAUUCUCUUUUAUGCAGUCUCAAGGGCUACGCUCUUGUUGGUGGUAAUUCAGUGCCAUGACUUCAAGAAGUGAGAUUUUACUGAAAGAAAAGAUUUUCUAGAUUCAGUAGAAAUCACUGAGAUUAGGCAAUAUUAUAGUAUCCUUUGAGAUUUUCCCAGGGAAUAGCUGAGAAUUCAGAACUGAAACUAAAUAUCCUGCAAGACUGUUUACAUUGCUUUUGAGCUCUUUCUAAUUAUGAGGUUUGCUUCCAGUUGUUUUGCAAUUAUAGAAACUAUUGGCAAUGAAAACACACUCAAUUCCUUUAAAGAAAGAACUUUUAGAAGUGAACUAAAUUAUUCCACAUACUUUUAUUGCAGAUCUGGAGCAAUUAUUAAGAUAAUAAAAUUUUCCAGUGAUGCUGGCAGUGAUAGACUGGACAUCUAGGUACAAUCACAUUCUCAAACUUUCAAUUAUUUCAGAUGCUUCAUAGAAGCAAUGAAACCUCAAAGGUAGAAAAUGUGAUUUGAAAAGUGAAUUACCUUCUGACAAAUGGGAGUUUGCUCAGGGUGAGGACUCCCAGCUUCCCUUCCCUAAUGCAAGAAGAGAAUGUUCAAAUCGACCAUGCCUGGCUGGUGACCAUAUGAGGAGAUGCAAUUUCCAUGGCUUAAUGCCUGCCUCCCUGCCAGGGCUUUGCACCCAUGGUGAGGAUAGAAGGUUAUACGGUAGCUUCACUCCACUCCACAUCCUACAAUUCACACUGGUUCUGCCAGAAACCUCUGUGCCAGACAUGUUCAGUAAAAGCUCUAACAAAGGACGUAGUCCUGGGACCAAUUCUUGUGUGCAAAAUGUGCACUGUCACUGUAAGAAAAUGUUUAACAUUCUGGCAAACAUCACCUGCCAGCACUGAAUUUUCUGUAUCCUGAGUUCAUUAUUUUUUUUACCUCUGUGGAAUAAUAUGCUCACAUUUCUUGUCAUCAUAGUCCUCAGGCAUCACAUGCAACAAGAUGACAUGAAUAUAAAAAAAAAUUAUGCCAGAGUGUGAUUGCUGCUGGCACAUCAAGUGCCAGAUGCCAGCUACAAUGUAUUAAUAAUAGAGUUGAUGCAUAUUUAGAUAUUUGUAAGUAGCAAAUGUUCCAUUUGAAAACUAGCAGAGUUUUGCAGCUUCUAGGAAAUUUGCAGCUCUAAGGGGGAUAUUUGGAACUUGUGAAUAUUCUGACAAAAGCUUAAAAAUCCUGCUUUCAAGAUUUUGUUCUUAUCUUUCAAUGUCUAUCUGAAAUAAGUGGUAGAAACAAGAACUUAUAUUAAGCAAACCAUAUUUGCAUAAAUAAAGUCUAAACUGAAGUAACAGACAUACUUCCCUUUUUAUCUUCCAGAAAGUUUCAAAAUAUAUCUGUGUAAAGUCCAAAUUCAGAUUUACCUCAGCGUACUGUCAAAACCAUCUUGAUUUACAUUGUCUUUUUGCCCAAACCAAGGUUUGCACUCUUUUCACAAGUCUGUGCUUGUUCAAAGCUGUCAGGAUAUGGGCAAAUUCCCAGUAAAAGCUCUGUGAUCAGCUGUACUUACUCCAUUCACUCAGCCACAGUGUCUGUGGAAUUUGAUCGUAUCUGCACUGGAUGCAGCUGGAACGAGGACAGGCCUGUGGAAAAGACAACAUGGACAUACAAUUUGCCAACAGUUAACCAGAGCCUUGGAUAGAGAGCGAGAAGCCGUGCUGGGAGAGAAACCUUCAGGGAUAAGAAAUGUGAAGCCUGGAAACACGAGCCAAUAGGCAUGAAAGUUACUAACGAGAAUAGAGUGCCGUUGCCAAAUUAUAAACAUGCUAAUUGGUUGAUGGGGUUAAAGCAGAACCUCUGGGGAUGCAAUGCCUACUGCUCAUCUCUUACUGAGACAUUUAUGUUCAUAAGCCCUGAUCUGUACCUCUGCAUACUCCAGUGUAAGCAUCUUGUGUGGCUUCCACUGAGAAAAAGCAGGGCUGCUUGUUUUUGUCUCAGUAAGGGGAAUAAGAUUUCAGAGCUAUACAUUUCUAGCAAAAGCACCAUAUAAAGACUGUUUAAACCUUGUAUGACCACAAAAUGGGUUGUGGAAACCAAAGCUAGAAAGAAGCUAAAACUUGGUGACUCAUUCUGCUACCCCACUGUGUAAGAGACAGUGCAGAUGACUCAGAAGAGAAAGGUAGCCUCAGAUUCUGAGAUUAAGAUCAUGAAGAUCAAAUAAAGUCCAGGUCAAAUGAAGGAUUUUUUUUUUCAGCAGUUCUCCUUUUUGUUCCGUGAGGCACAAAAAACACCAAACACAUCCAGGCAUACUUUAAUUCAAAAUAAGUGAAAUUUUCUAAUAAGUGAAGAAUGUAAAGAUUAUAAUUGGUAUAUAUUUGUGUCCUUUGUGUCUGGAUUGGUGUGAUAACUGCUUUUCAGUAAAGUCCUGCAGAGUUAAACCUUGAAAGAAGCCAGGUUUCUUCUUUUGAGGUAAAUGUUUUUCUUUGCAUUGUGUAGGCAGCAACAACAAGAAGUGACUAUUUUGCUGUAAAAGGGACUUUUACUGUACAAUCAUCAUUUAUUAAUAUUUAUUAUUUUUAGAAACAUUUUUAAAUGAGAGUUGCAUAAAAAUUAAUGUAUGUGGAGAUAUUGUGAUAAUUUAUAUUCCCAACCAUUUUUGUGAAUCUCAAGUUUUUGCCUGUCUGCUGAUUGUGGUAUUCUGGCUCUAGAGGCAAAUUUCGUCUCUGAGGAAGUCCUUGAGCAACAUAGUUUGGAAUAUAAGUGUCAUGCAACUGUUUUCUGACUAUUCAGUUUGUAUGUGUUUAACCAAAGUAAUAAAACAGUGAGCACCACUAUUAGAUUGAAAA